GCCAUAGAGCAGCGAUUGGAGCCCUGUACCCUUCAGGACCCCAGGGCCCCUUCCUCGUCCCUGGGCAUGGCAGCCUCUUGACCUUUGCUCGUCUGCAGUUUAUGCCACUUUGGGCCCUAGAAGCUGCAGAAAGGGAGGCUGGGGCAUGGCUCUGGAGUGCCACUCACUGGCUGGCAGUGAGGAGCCAGGAGACUGGCAUUCCCAGCACCAAAGUCCUAUUGAUCUUUGCCCUUGCCCCUCCCUGGGAGCCUUGGCCCUCCUCCUGCCUUCAUUUCUUCUCUGCUGGCCUCUCCUAUUCUCUGUCUCCUCACUUCCCUCUGUGGCUCUGCUCUGAACUGGCGGUUUUUCCCAGCUCCUUGCCCAGCUCCAAUCCUUCCAUGCUGUCUUCAAGCCCUGCUUCCUGCACAUCUCCCAGCCCAGACGGGGAGAACCCAUGUAAGAAGGUCCACUGGGCUUCUGGGAGGAGAAGGACAUCAUCCACAGACUCAGAGUCCAAGUCCCACCCGGACUCCUCCAAGAUACCCAGGUCCCGGAGACCCAGCCGCCUGACAGUGAAGUAUGACCGGGGCCAGCUCCAGCGCUGGCUGGAGAUGGAGCAAUGGGUGGAUGCUCAAGUUCAGGAGCUCUUCCAGGAUCAAGCAACCCCUUCUGAGCCUGAGAUUGACCUGGAAGCUCUCAUGGAUCUAUCCACAGAGGAGCAGAAGACUCAGCUGGAGGCCAUUCUCGGGAACUGCCCCCGCCCCACAGAGGCUUUUAUCUCUGAGCUGCUCAGUCAACUCAAGAAACUCCGGAGACUCAGCCGGCCUCAGAAAUAAGCCUGAGAGACCAUCUUUAGCAGCCUCAGGACUGCCAGGCCUGCCCUGAAACUCCAGAUCCUGGCUAAGAGGGAAAUAGCUCCUUGGGACACAAACAAGAAAUGUGGACAAGGAGGGACAUUUGCAUACUCCUACUGUCUGUGUGGUCACAGCUAGUUUCUGUCAGCUGGGCUCUCUGGGAGAAAGCUGGCUGUUGUCCAAUGCCUUCCUUGGCAGCCAAGUGGAUAAAACCUUUAGGAGCACCA